AACGUGAAAUAUUGCUAUGAAUAAUACCUAACCUUUUAAAACCGUUUUUGAUUUUAAACAAUAUGUUACAUUGGAUAAUUUUUAAUGUAAUACGAAGAACAGUAUGUACAAAUACACAAAUAUUUUAUACAUUAAAAAAUAUAUCAGAGUUUAAUUCUAAACGUUAUAAUUUACAUAUAAAUUAUUUAAAUCCACAACAAAAUCUUAUAUCUGUAACAUUUAUAAGAUUCAAUAGCAACAAAAAGAUUUCAAAACAAAAUAAAUACAAAGAAAAUCAAAACAGAAGAUGAUGAUGAAUAUGAUAAUAAUGACAAUGAUGCAGUUGUUGAUGAUUAUUUAAAUACAGAAAAGUCAAAAAUAAUAGUAACUACAGUACCAUCUCUUCGAUUAGAUGCUGUUGCUAAAGCUGGAUUUGGAAUGUCACGAGCAAAAGUGGAUAAAGAAUUUUAUAUGAGUAAUAUACGUUUAAAUGGAAAAAAAUGUUUUAAAAAAGGAAUAAAGGUUAAUCUUGGAGAUGAAAUAGAUUUUAUUCAGAAACGAAGUCCUGAUAAUCCAAACUAUUUAAUAAUAAAUCGAUGUAUAUUAUUAUCAAUUAAGACAGAACCAGAAGAAGAAAAUUUUAAAAUAAAAUUACUUCAAAAUAAAUCUUUAUUAAUUGAAGAAUAUCAAGAUAAAUGGCAUAAUAAAUUAUACAACUAAUUGAAAAUAAUUGUGAUUAUUAAUGAUUAAUUAAUAAAGCAUGCAAUGUAUAUAUAAAAUCAAUAUAUAAUAUAUAUAUGUAUAAUAGAUAUAUAAUAAAUUUAAAAAAGGAAAUAUUAAU